AUGACAGCAGCGGCAAUGCCAGCGGUGCUGGCGUCUCAGACUGCAGCUCUGCUCCAGCAACCUGUCCUCGACGUUCCGACCGCGCCCAUGCUUGACGCCCAAUCCAUACAGGCUCAGGUAGAAGCCCUCAUACAAUCUACGUCGAGCUCCGUUGCUGCGAGCACCGCAGACAAUCGGGCCUCAACACAGCAGGAUCCUCCACUGCCGGAUUUGGUGCCACCUCCAUCAGCAGCAGGGCCGAACAUUGCACAGCACGACGCCUCGGCCGGGGUGACUCCGCUUGAAGCGACGAGGCUAGCAGAUCCGACCUUGCUGCCGGCACCUGCUGCGGGAGCCGGCGGCUCUUUACAAAUGGCAUCGUCGAAAUCAGCAGCUCCGAUGGAUGCAGCACUCGCGGCGGGUCCGAGCUUCCAGAACACGUUUGCGCAGUAUCAGUUCCCACAGGUCCAUGAUCGAGCGCUCAAAGAUGCUGUUCUCGCUGACACAGCCGCGGACGCCGCUGCGCCUGUCAAGGAGGAGGGAGAAGCGUCUCUCGCCAUGACGAGAGAAGAGGAGGAAAGAGCCGCCGAUGCGCUCAUCGAAGAUCUUUACGCCCAGGAUACGACGGCUGCGCCAAGCGCCGUCUCUGCCAAACCUGAACCUUUCUCUGGCGCGGAUCUGGCGGCUGCGGCCAAAGCCAUCGGCAUCGAGGCUGACGCUGACCUUCUGAGUGGCACCGGCGAAGAUCAACGUGCUCUGGCCGCGGCGAUCAAGCGUCUGGGUGACGCACAUGGAGAGGCUGCGCAGAAAGCGAUUCAGCAGGCAGCCGCGGCGGCCGCGGCGGCAGCAGCUGCACGAGCAUCGCAAGAGUUGGCUAGGGCAGCUGCUAAGGAGCAAGGAGUCGUCACCUCGAACCCCUCUGGUGGCGCGUUCAACACACCUGGCCCAUCACGAACAGCCUCGUCUUCUUCCCCGGCGGCGCGACGGUCAGGCUCCGGUCCCAGAAAGCGCUUCCCGUGUCCGAAGUGCGACAAAGCUUUUGCGCGUGCAUACAACCUCAAUACGCAUCUCUCAACGCACGACCCUGACCCGAAUCGGUCCAAGCCAUUCCCGUGUCCGUAUCCAUCCUGCAAGUCGGAAGGGGGCCGCUCGUUCAGCCGCAAGCACGACCUGCAGCGGCAUGUUGCCAGUAUCCACGAGAAUGAGGCAGAGCCGGGUAUCCACGGUGAUCCAGAGGAAGUCGUCGGCGGCGAGACGGGUGGGCUUGUCUCGCUGGGUCUCGGUACUCCUGGCAAGAAAUUUCGCUGCGAGAGCUGCGGAAGGUCAUUCGUUCGUCGGGAUGCGUGCAAUCGGCAUCAGUGCGAUAGCAGCCCAUUAAGACGAACAUCCAAGUCGCCCUCGAGUACGCCCUACGCGUCGUCAGUUUCGCCGAGGCCGAAUGGCUCUCUGAGCCUGGGAGAACUAAGUGGCGGUGGUGGUGGUGGCGCUCCCUUUGCCCUGGCUCCUGCAAGGUCUGCAGCGGCUCCGCCUUACAGUGCAGGCUCUGGCACCGUUUCGAGGGCAUCUCCGGCUGCUCCGGCGACGGGCAGGCAGUCGAGCCUAUCUAAAGAAGUGCAGGCCGUCGCUAAGCAGCUGCAGGCUCGGGUAGAAGCGCAAUCGCCAGGUCCUCAGGGUCCGAAGGGAUCAAAGAGUCCGCAAGGCCCUUCAUCACAGGCGCGCCAGCGUAGCAUGGCGUCCGGGCUUGCUGGCGGCGAGCGUCGCAACUUCCCACUAUCUGCCAUUUCGCUCUACGCUUCGACAGGCCCUUCAAGCUCAUCGUCUACCCGCUGA